CGUUGAACUGCCAUAUGUGUCCAUGAGAGUGCGAGCAACAGACGAACGGUAUGGGCCUGCACUGGAUAAAACAAUCAUCUAACAACGACUGCACGUACGCGCGAACAAAUAAGUGGGCGCAUCCUUGCCUUCCUUGCCGCCCAUCUGACUGACGUCUCAAAGCUCAAUCAAAGCUCACAAGCUGAAAAUCUCUCUCUCUCUCUCUCCUCUCCCCAUUUCUUGCUGACGACAGACAACCAUGUAGGUACCUCUCAGCUUAAGACGUGUGUGACAUCUCUGGCCUGUCUUUGUAGUGACGGCUGGUGACGUGUGGCGGCCUCCCCCGAGGUCGGGGAGACCGCCAUUGUGUCACCACUCGUCAUCAAAAACCGGCCAGUGGCGUCACAAGGAACGCAUUGAAUGCAUCAGGACGGUGAUCUCUCUUGGGCCCUGCUCUCGAGUACGCAAUUGCAUUUUCUUACACACGCACCCUCGUCGUCAAAUCAACGAUCGACAGGCGCGUGACGUGACUACCCCCUCCCCCCUUUGCCUUAAAGCCAACGUAUGCACACCAAGAUAAAGAGACACAUAAACCUUCUUCUCACACACACACACACACACAACUGGCUGCAGCAUGAAACAACACCAUGCAAUCACUACACUGCCACCACCUGCUGCUGCUGCUGCUGCUGCCCCGGCCUGGCGUCGUCAUAGCUGUGUGUGGUGUCGUCCUUGUCCUUGCCAGUGCCAUUGUCCUUGUCGAUGUGUGUGCCGGUGACAUCUGCCUCUAUGUCGGUGUGUGUGGUGUCCGUCUUGGGCAGCGUGCGGAGGGACACCAUGUUGGCCCUCCCGGGGUGCGCCCACAUGUCGACCACAGAAGCCGCGACGGUCACAAUCUGAUGGAUGUCAUGUGACAACCGCAGAGAGAGGGAGGGAAGGGAGAGAGAGUGCUGGAUACAUGUGCUGGGGCAGAUCGGGGUGGGGGUCAGGGGGUGGGGGAUUGUGUGUGGGUGCUGUGCUCACGGCAGAGAUGGCCGGGACGAGAAUGAAAGCGAUCAUGGUGUCGACGCAGUAGAGCCCGCACGGCAGCGUUAUGAAGUUUAGCCCACCUGACCCAUACACGCGCACACGCGACACACACCACACACAUGCAUGACAGAACGGCGCAGAAAUCGACUUGCCGUGUCUUUCCUCGUUCACUCACCGACAAAGUCUCCAGUGAUGAUCCAGCCCUGCCAGCAACCCCACACAGCACACCAACACAGGACAGACGAAUGAAUGGAUGGAUGGAACGUCACGCAUGCUCCCGCCCAUCUCCCUCCAGGUUUCCCUCCCUGUCUGUCUGACCUGCACGAAUAUGGUGAGUAUGCCGGCCAGACAUCCGCAGAAGGCCCCGGCAGUCGUGGUCUUGCCCCACAUGCCCAGAAAGAUCGGCGCCACCACCUAAUACACACACACACACAUACACACACGCGCGCGCGCGCACGCCUGUCCGCGAUUACGUCAGUGCGGAAGAGGCCCACCGAUGCGGCGAGGAGGUCUGCGAUGAGGAACAGGUUGAGUACUGACAGGCCUAUUGCGCCGAUUAUCACUGCAGGAACGUUGACCUACACACACACACACACACACACAGCCAUAGGAAGAGAAACCGAUCAAUGCUCUCUCCGUGUGUGUGGGUGUGUGUGUGUGCUCACGGCGAUGGCCAGCAGCCUUGCCCAGUUGACCGACACUUUGUGCGCCAUCAGGUCGCUCGCAACCAACGCCACAAUCCCUGCAGGCACCGACAGGACUCUUCCGUCCGUCCCAUUACUUCAUUGAUUCGUUCAUUCACUCCUCCUCACUGACCGUUCUGAAGUGUGUCGACGGUGGAUGCGACGAGGGCCACGGCAAGGAUGGCCACCAGCACCACCCAAAACAGCGGCAGCUUAGACAACAGCUGACGUGACACACACACACACACACACACAGAGAGAGAGAGAGAGAGAGAGAGGGGUGAGAAGGGCACACGAGUGGUUGUGCUGAUUGAUGGGUCGGUCGGUCAGUGAGAACACAACACCCACAAAGAAGAAGGCGAGGAACCCCAUGCCCUCGAUCUCCCCGUCUGUGUCGAUGGCCUCGGCAACCAUGCCCGACACACCGAACAGCAGCAUCGUCGGGAUGAUCAGAAUGCCACCACACACCAGACCCAGACGAACGUCUCGGCUGCUCUCGGCCGCCCACACCUAACACAACACACCCACACAAACGAUCCCCACACAAGAGGAUAAGAACGAUCUGGUGUGUGGGCUUGCGUGGCUGGUGUGUGUGUGUGCGUGUGUGUGCGCGCAUUUACGCGCUGCCAAGUGCCCUGGUUGAGUAUUUCCGCUGGGAUGAUGGCCAGAAUCAACGCAACGAGCGCUUGAAACCCCUGCAGGACAGCAACAGACACAGUGGGGGAGAGGGGCGCUGUGAUUGUGUGGUGUGUUAUGUGGUUAGGUUGACCUCUGGUGUCCAGGUGGCGACUUUGCUCCACUGCUCGGGUGGGAUGUCGACCUUCCACAGCACCCGACCCACAGCAAUGACCACCAACACACCUACCAAAGCACCCUGGUACCUGACACACACACACAGACAGAGGCUCCAGUUCAGCCACGUGUUUGUGGUCUGACCUCGCAGACUCACUUAUCGGUGACGAUAGAUGCGGGCAGCCCGGCGUAUGCCGUGUAGAGAGUGGUGAUGAUGGCCACGGGCAGGAUGGCCGAGAGGGGGGAGAGGGAGUCCGCCAGCAGCGGCAGCGUCUGGCCGAUGGUUGUGAACUCGGCGGUGAGGGCGAUGAACAUGUAGAAGAGCGACACCACCGACACCAUCAAAUGAACCACACGGCCAUAGCGCCUGCACACAGCCACACACAUCCGCCCACCCUCCCUCCCUCCCUCUCUCCGCUGCUUACUCUUUGACAUAGUCGGAGACUGUGAAGCCCCUGUCGCCCAUGGCAUUGCGCACCUUCGGCCCCAGCCAUAUCAGCACCCACAGGGGCGUCGAUGACGCCAAGGCAUAGCCCAACACGCCCCACCUGACACACACACCACACCACACCACACCAGACAGACCAUCAACACACACACACACACACACAUCACUUCCAUGAGUGUGUGUGACCAAAGGGAUGCGUGGAUGGAUGGAUGGAUAGAUGGCCACCUACCAUCCGAGGAAGGUGCCGACUUCAGGUGCUGCGAAUAUGACCCAGUUGCCCAUGCCCGACACGAAGAACGACAUCGCCAGGACAUACCAUUUCUUGGAGUUACGCGCAGACAGAAACUCCUCCCCGGGAUCGACGAUCUGAACACACACACACACACACACAGAGAGAGAGAGAGAGAGAGAGAUAUCAUGCCCACCCACGGAGGCUGCAGACCUGUCUGUGAGUGACCUAGGUACCUUUUUGUAUUUGACGCCUCCGGCCCAUCCUGCGAGUGCUGCGAAGAAGAAGAGGGUGCAGUAGAGGAUGGGAUACGCCGCCGCCUCUCUCAGCACGGCCAUGCAGACAGACAGACAGACGGACAGAACCGCUCACUCACAACCAAUCAACCGCAGGAGAUCUUCCCGAUGUGAUUGAUUAGUGUUGGUCAGGGGGCCUUGGGACGUGUCCAGACAGACAGAUGAAUGAAUGAAUCAACCGAAGAAAGAUCCGGGAGAAAAGC